AUGCUAGCAUUGAAAGUGACAAUAUUUACUUUGCCAUUGGUAACAUUUGCAAAUUGCAAAAUGCAAACAGUCAUGGUACAAGGACAAGUGGCAUGCAGUGAUAAAUCGGUUAACAGUGUUCAUAUUGAACUACGAGAAGUUGAUAUAUGGAAAGAUGAUACACUUUCUGCUACUCAUUCUGAUCGACACGGACGCUUUGAAGUAAGUGGACAAGAAGAUGAAAUAGGCAGUAUUAAGCCUUAUUUACGCAUUACCCACAGCUGUAAUGAUGGCAUUAUCGAUCCAAAAUGUAGAAUUGUGGACGAUUAUAAAAUCCCGGAAAAUUACAUUGACGAUAUUUAUGAUAUGGGAAUCGUUAGCUUGAAUAUCGCUCAGGAAGGCAGGGAGAAGAAGUGUGCUUAA